AUGUCCGCUCCACAAGGCGGGACUCAGGCUGCAUCUAGACCAUCGGGGUCACAGCAGAGCCUGGCGUCACUCGAUCUCAAGCGGGGGCGGCGAACUCCUGCAAACGGGCCUAGCAACAACCAGCAGUCUGGCAACACAAGAAGAGGAACAAAACAGCCAGGGAAUCCCAAUGUGUACACGCGGCCAAAGUCCAAAGGAGCCCAGAACAAGAAUAAUGUUUAUAGAAGGUCUAAAGAUGGUCAGGCGACGAAACAAGGUCAAAGUCAGAGCCUGAGUCGUACUGGCAGUAACAACUCCAAGAAUGGGAGCCUUCUACCGAGACGCCAACGCUCCGAGAAUCGUAAAGGCAAUUCAGGAAUAUAUGCCGAUGGCUGCCAAAAAAGUGAUACAGUUCAUUACGGAGACACAUCUCUGCUAGGUGGAGUUUUCGAUGAUCCUGUGAGCCUUGGUUUCCUGGCUCAACCCAGGCAAGUACCCAAGAGACCAACUCCUAGAUUCAUGCUUUCACAGCCUCGAGUACUAAUUACCCCUCCGUUUAAACAAGACGACUGGGACAGACAAAAUCAAGAGAAAAUGCUUCAGAUGGAGCAGGCCAACGUGGGAGGGGACUACCAAGGCAUAUAUGAGGAAUUCCAAAAAAUGAGAGAAGUGGAAAGAAAGAAAAUGGAGGAGUUAGGUCUCGUUGACGCAGAAAACACCACCAAGGACCUAAAUGAAGCGAUUACAUUUCAGGGAACCUGUCUAGAUAUGUGUCCUGUGUUCGAACGAGUUCGAAGGGCCCUUGAGAACAACGUGAAGAGCCUCGAAAAGGACCCGGUAACCAACAAAAUUUCCAGAGAAAGGGCCGUCAAGGCAUUUUCCCGUCCAGCUGCUGGGCAACCUCCUCUGAUGCCCUCAGAUGUGAGGCCGCCACAUGUCUUAGUGAAGACCCUAGACUACAUCACUGAUAACAUACUACAGCAUCUUCCUGAUGCCCACUCAUUCAUUUGGGAUCGAACUAGAUCCAUUCGUCAGGAUUUCAUUUAUCAAAAUUUUUUUGGCCCUGAAGCCAUUGAUUGCAAUGAGAGAAUCGUCCGAAUCCACUUGGUAUCCCUCCAUAUCAUGGCUGGUAGCGAUGUGGAAUAUUCUCAACAACAAGAGCUCGAGCAGCUCAACAAAGCGCUACAGACACUAACGGAAAUUUACCAGGAUGUAAGAAACAACGGCGGGCGCUGUCCGAACGAAGCUGAAUUUCGAGCUUACCACCUCAUAAGUCAUUUCAGAGAUCCUGAGCUCGAAAGAGAGAUUCAGACACUUCCUGACGAUGUAUUACAGUCGAAGGAAGUGAAGCUAGCGCUUCGCUUUAGGACUCUCAUGACGCAGAAUAAUGUUGUCGAAAGAGGAACAGUUAAUUCUGUUGGAGCGCUUAAUCUUUUUGUGGAAUUCUUCAGGCUUGUCUAUAGUCCAGAAACGCCCUACUUACUAGCCUGUUUAUUGGAGACACAUUUCAAUGAGUACCGUUUUUAUGCAUUGAAGACUAUGACAAGGGCUUACCAUACUAAAGGACGUGCCUUCUUGGCCGAAUCAUUACAGAGAAUGCUUGGAUUUGACUCAAUCGAAAAGUUGGCUGCAUUCGUUCAAUACUAUGAAGUCGAUACUUUUGAAGAAGAUGGCACUCUCCUCAUUGAUCUCUUCAACAAGGAGAAAUUAGAGAAGAAGUAUAAGUUGAAUACGUACAGCGAGAAGCCAAAGUUGUCUCAGGCGUAUUCGCUGCAAAUUGACGAGAAAGCCAGAGGCUAUACAUCACGCGACUUUGUCAAUUCAGGGCAUUCAAACGCCGAUUUGCAGCUCAAGAGAGAUGCCCAGCCAGUAAUCAACCUGGUCAUACGAAAACCUAUAAAGGCAGCCCUGGCCUCUGACAAAGCGGACUCAAUUACUUCAUUUAUUGGAUCCAAUAUAGCACAAGAUAACAGCAAAACUUUAGCUUCCUUCUCGUCCAAUAAUACUACUUCCAGUCCCACAAUUGAUCAAGGUACACUCAAAACUCCCACCUUCCAGUUUGGUCAAAGUCAACCACCACCAUCGAGUGCAGCUUCCUUUGGUGGUUUUGGCUCGUUUGGCCAGGCACAGACUACCCUGAAUGUCGGUUCGUUGAAUCUAGAGGAUUUUUUAAAGGCGCAAAACGGUGGAUUACAAACAUCAAUGACAAUCUCACAAGACGCGAAAGCACAGAAGACUCCAUCGUUCUCAUUUGGUAAAGCCAGUGAACCUGUCAAAGAAAAGGAAGCGCAGAAGAGUGUUUUAUCGAAACACGAUGUUUCAGAGACUGGUUCGAGAAGUACACCCAAGGAGGUUUCGUUUGGUAACGCAGUAAGUAUUCCGUUUGACUCUCAGUCACAGCCAAACACAGACUCAGUGUAUACGCCACAGGUCAUUGAGCUAAAGGACGAAAAACCAUCUCUCAUUGAUGGGCUGAAGGAACUACCUGACAAGAAUCAUUUCCACAGUGAGAAAAGCGCAUCAUUACAACUACCAUCAUCCACAUCGAUUCCAUUAUUCAAACCAAAGGAACCCAUGCCAGAGUUUCAAACAACCCCCCCAAAGCCAUCAAUACCUCCCCCCCGCAAGAAACUCAUUGACGCCAAGAGUUUCCCCGAAGCUGUCAAAACAGUACUCGACGAUCUCAUUGGUCAAGUCAUCGACGAGUCUCUUCAAAAAAUGCUACCAAGAAUAAUAAAGUACGCAAAUAGAGCCACUGAAAGGCAAACGUUGAUAAAUGGUUUGGCAGAUCAGCUUUUCAAGGCUUUCGUGGAUGAAAUUACAUAUAACUCUGCCCUCGAAGCGUUGGCAGAUAAUCUACUGAAGAAGAGAAUAGUCAAGAAGACCUUAAGUAUGUUGAGAUGCAAUUACGAGAGAAGAAGAAUAAAGAAUGAUGAAAGGAAACAAAAGUUGCAAGAGCUCCAGUCCAUUGCGUUCAAGAAGCCGUCGCUUAAAAGAGUCUCUCUGUCAACGAGCUUUACCACUGAUGGGCUGAUGAGAAAACGCAUGAAUCAUUCCCCAAUGAACGAUAGCUUCCUUCAAAUGAAUGAGAAGCAGCAGGCCAUCAGAGAACUCUGGAAACCUCUUGAUCUCGAUACUUUCGUUGAAGCAUGCGCAUCCCGAGUCAGAGUCCCAGAGAAGACAGAUUUGAAGUGCUUGCUCAUUGUUGAAGACUGGAGUUCGCCAAAUUCGAAAUGGCUUAAUACAAAAUUCGGCUUGCAAGUUACCAACAACGGACAAUUAUACAAGAAUACAGCAAAGAGUUCGACGCUUCUGAUAGACUUUGAGAGUUUGCCCAGCGGGAAUAGUCUACAAGAGAGUCUGUUUAGACUGAGUGCGUUUGUGGUGUUCGAGUGUGGAUUAUUAGAUAACAAUCAGGUUGAAACCUUUGGAAGCUUGCGGGCCAAGCUCGAAAGGGACGGAAAAAUUCUCCACAAAAUAGUACAGUUGUGCAACCGCUAUUGUCUUUAUAAAGUUCAGAUCCUAUUGGUUCUCUGGGAUGUUCAGAACAGCGGUAUCAGCCCUGGCGAGGUCAAGAACGUAAUGCGCUUGAAAGACCUUACCUACAACGUUGUACAAGAUUUGAUAAUGUGUGACAUGUCUUCUGCUGAAGAGAAUGUGUCUGAAACACUCCAAAAAGGUUUGCAAAGAAUGUGUGAGAGAUUUAGAGGUAAACUCACCGACCGCGGAGUAAAGAAAAGAGCGCAACUAGAGUUGGAGAUACAGAAGAAGAAAGUAAACGAGGAGCAGUCUAUGAAAGCACGCAGCACAGAGGAAGCCGAGAUGGCGCUCCGGAUAAAAGAACAAGAAGCUCUCAAGAGAAUGGAGGAGACAAAACGUUUGAAUUAUCUCAACAAGCACAUCAACAACUCGAUUGAUAUGAGCAAUGCUUCCUUCCGCACUGCUGCAAACAGUACUAGAGGGCUUGACACUUCAGUCAUGGGAAACAGAUCUUACACUUUACUCAACCUCAACCACUCAAUUUUAAACCACGACACAACGCACCGGCCUAAAGACUUUUCCGUUCUCGGCCCAUAUGGGAACAAUGUGAGUGUGCUUGAGGAGAGCACCCCAUUUGGAUCGCCGCGCUCCAGUGUUUCAAAGAGCUCUCUUCCAAAGAAAGUGAACGAGCUCAAGGAGCUCACGGCAUCCAUCCGGGCAAAGUACAAGAAGGCGAAGUGA